UAUGGCGUCCGUGUGAUACAUUUUAUUUACUGUUAAAAUGAGUUCUUAUUAAUUUUUGAUUAAAUAAUUAAUGUGAUUGAAAUUUUUCAUUAAAAAUACUAAACGUAUUUUAAAAGUGUAAUAUUAAUUGUUUAAAAAAAAAACAUUUAAAGAUGAGACGUAAAAGUGAUCGUAAAUCAAAAACGUCUCCUGAGAAAAAAACACCCGAACGUCCAUCACGAUUAACGCUUCGUAGACGCCGGCAAAAAUCAGCAUCACCUUCACCAGAACGUGAAAAGAAACCCACAAGUGAAAAUGAAGUUGAUUCUACACCAUUAAUCGAAUCUAAUGUUGGUUCAAAAGAAACAAGUAAUUCGAAUUCAGAAGAAGAAAAACAAGAAGAACAGCCAGUAUGGCAAGUGAAGUCAGCUGAAACACCCCCUGGUAGUGAAAUACAAAAAUUAAAAAUUUGUUUACAAAGACCAUCUUCAACUCCUGAGCGUGCUGAAAAAUCACCAAGACGGCAUCGUAAACAUCGCGGUGGGACUUCAUCGAUUACUGAUGAAGAUUCCAGUGAAGGUAAAGUUAAGUCAAAAUCAUCUAGAAAACGUCGACAUCAAGAUAAUGAUGAAGAAAUCGUAGAAUCAUCAUCUGAGGAUAAAUUUAAUAAAAUUCAUCAAAUGGUUAAGGACGAACAAAAUAGUUCGGAUUCACAACAGGUAAGUAGUACUGAUAUUGACGAAAACAGUAAAUUAUGCGAUAAAGAAGACACUGCUGGAACCCCACCCCCAGGUGAGUUAAAUGAAGAAACAGUAGGUACAACUGGUAUUCUACAAAAAUCGAUCAGUGAAGAUGACAAUACAAGUCAUCAUAAUGGACCGGAAAGUACAACUGUUAUUGAAGAAGCUGUUGAAGACGCUACCAUUGAAGAAAAUACAAAAGUUGAAAGUGUUGAAGAUAAUUCUCAUGUUGAUGCUAGUUCCCAUGUUGAAGAUAAUUCUCGUGUAGAGGAGAGUUCUCAGGCUGAAGACAAUUCGCCUGUUGAGGAAACUUCCACUGUUGAAAAUCAUCCCCAGGUUGAAGAAAAACCUCAUGCUGAAGAUGAUUCUAAAGUUGAAGAUAAUUGUCAAGCUGAACAAACCACAGAGGAUGAACCUGAAAAAUCUUUAACUCCAGAACCAAUUCAGCAUGAAAAUAUUAAAAAAACCGAAGUAAUUGAUCAAGAAAAAGCUGUAACAGACAUCGUUGAAACCGUGGAUACAGAUCCGGUACAAUUAAAAGAAGAUGAAAGCGCAGAAAAAUCGAAACAAGAAACAUCUGAAGUUUCUGAAUCAUCAGAAACAAAAUCUGAAGAAAAAACUGAAAUUGAAAAAGAAGAAGCUACCAAACAAGAAAUUAUAAAAGAAGCUACUGUAGAAUCAGAAAAUCAAGAACCUGAGAAAUCACAUACACCAGAACCACCAUUUAAAAAGGCUGAAACAUCUAACUUAGAUGAAUCAAAACAAAUGGAAGUAGAAGAGAGUGUACAGGAAAAAAAAUCUGUUGAUUCGGUACAAGAGAAUUUAGAAAAACCACAAAAAGAAUUUUCACCAGAAAAAAUGGAAGUUGACGAAGAAAAAUCAAUUAACGAACAGUGUGAAAAAUCACCACAAGUAAAUGAAAAUCGUGAAAGUAUCAAUAAUGAAAAUCAAGUAAAUGAAAACAACGAAAAAAAUGCCGAAAUUUCACGUGAAACAAAUGAUAGUAGCGGUGAUGACGAUAGAUCACCAGUUCGAAGUUCUGUUGUAUCUGUUGUAAAUCAAGUACCAUCAACAUAUGAAUCAGAGCCUACGGAAGAACAAUCGACAUAUGUAGCGGAUCCCACACGUAAAAAACUGAAAUUAAAAGAAUCGAUCAGCGAGUAUAUUCAAACUAAAUCACGUUUAACAUCAGAAAAUGUACGUGAAAUAUGCCCCGAUUUAAAAGUAUUAUCUCUAGAUGAAAUUCGUUUAGAGGAUGACAUUCGAAAUCAUAACGAUGAUGACACAAAUGCUUUACGUAAAUCAAAGAAAAAACCAUUUGAAGAUAAGAAAAUUACAAUACAAACAGUUAAAGAAUUUACGACGGCGCCAACUGUUGUAACCACACCACCAAUUACAACGAAUCCAAUGUUAGCUAAUCGGAAAAUAUCAAUUGUUGGUGAUGAAUCAAGUAAUUUACAUCGACCACCUAGUCCUGCGAAAAAUGAGCCAUCUGCUAUUUUGUAUAUUAAAAAUUUGGUGAGACCAUUUACAUUGAAUCAAUUAAAAGAAUUAUUGUCCCGAACGGGAACAAUUAAGGAAAAUGGUUUUUGGAUUAAUAAAAUUAAAUCAGAGUGCUAUGUGCACUAUGAGACUUUAGAACAAUCUGUUGAAACUAGAAACGCACUUCAUGGUGUACAUUGGCCAGUUGCAAAUGGUCGUCGCCUUGAUGUUGAUUUUGGUACUGAAGAAGCUAUGGAAAAAGCAAGAGCACCAACCGAAAUUAAACAUGAAAUUAAAACCGAAGUGCCUGCGACCCCCGAGGCUAAGCCAAAAGAAGAACCUGUUGAUUGGCGAGAAGUAAGAGAGCGAGAAAGAUUACGACGUGAACAACGUGGUGUUAGAGAAUGGGACGUUGGUAAACAAGGACCAGAACGUUCACCUUCACCACCACCUAUAAAACGGCGGCAACAAUCUCCACCAUCCAGAAAUGCAACACCAGAUCGUAAAGUCCGCAAAAAGGAAGAUGUUCCGUCAAAAUUAUUAGAUGAUUUGUUUAGAAAGACAAAAGCUACGCCUUGUAUUUAUUGGUUACCUCUUUCUGCUGAAAUGAUUGUUAUUAAAGAAGAACAGAGACGAAAGCAUAUGGCGGAACAUGAACGUCGUUUAGCUGAAAUACGACGUGUAGAACGAAUGCGUCGUGCACCUGGUGGUGGCCGUAGCCGAGAUGGGGGUCGUAGUCGAUAUAAUUGACGAUUUUGGUAAAGUUCAUUAAAGCUUUCAAAAAUGCAAAUCAAAUGAUCAUACAAAGGAAAUGGAGAAGAAAGCAAUAAAUAAAUAUUAAAAAAAAUCAUUUAACCCAAGGGAAAUGAGUUGUGACAACACAUCAUCGUAUUAAAAAUAUACUGACGCAGCUUUUCACUUUGUCUACAUCGCGUUAGACACGGUAUUCGCGAUGAAAAUAGUCUAUUUAAUUAUAAAAUGAGAAUUAAACUUGUUAUUGCUAUUCUUUGGUCAGACAAGGAGACCGCUGUUCGAUUCUGCCACACCGAUUGAUUGAUUCGCGCUGAAUUGUUUUGAUUCCUAUGAGAUACACUGAUGUAAUGAACCAAAAAUUUAUAAAUCCAGAAGAUGUUAAAAUUAUGAAAAAUAAAUAAUAUAACUCAAAAUUUGAGGCUAAACACCAAUUUUGUAAAAAACUGCAACACAGUUGAAAAAAUUUUUAAAAUCAAAUUGGAACUAUUUGAAAUUCAAGAACAUUUUUGACAUACACCAUCUAAUUUGUGCAAUGAACUGUUAAUGUGAGUUGUUUUUAUCAUGAACAUUUAAAACAAAAACAAUUGUGAAUAUUUUAUUUGGAACUUUGUUUUUUUACUAAAACUCACUUGAAUUGUUGGAACAAAAUAUAUAAAACUGUUGGAAAGAAUUUACUGGCCAAAUGAUCCAUGUCAUUGAAGUUUAUAUGUAAAGGACGAAUAAAGGAAUAACAAAUACUAAAAUAAAAAUAUUUCUUACGAAAA